AAUCUGCUGGUAUAUUGUGAGCGCUGUAGAAUUAAAGUAGCACUUAUCGAUACAGUAAAAGGGUCCCAUGACGUUCUGACGAAUGCAGGGGCAACUUGGAUGACAAAAAGGCGUCACAACAUUUGAAAGAUGUACGACCCCAACGCUGACCUCAUGACCAUAGAGCAGAUAUCGGGUGCCAGACAGGUGCUGCAGACCAGUGGCCUGUGUUACCACACCCCUGUACUGCACCAUGUACAGACUCUGUGUGGGCUGGACUCCGACAUAGACCUGUACUUCAAACUGGAGAACAUGCAGAACACGGGUUCCUUUAAGAUCCGAGGAGUAGUGAACCAGAUGGCCCACAUCCCAGACUCGGCGGCUCAAGGACAGACUCAACUCAUCAGCAUGUCAGCAGGGAACUUUGGGAAGGCGUUUGCCUACAUGGUCCAACAGAAGGGUCUGAAGGGGACAGUGUUCAUGCCUGAUACAGCACCGGUCAAUAGGGCUGAGCUUAUCAAGAGUUAUGGUUUGGAUGUGGAGAGAAUGCCCACCUCAGAGCUCCAGCCUGAAGUAGACAAAUGUGUGAAGGAGAAACACAUGCACUACCUGCACCCUUUUGAUGAUAUCAACCUCAUGGCAGGACAUGGCAGUGUUGGACUGGAGAUACUAGAGGACGUUCCCGACCCUGAUGUGGUGGUGGUGUGCUGCGGAGGGGGAGGUCUACUAGGUGGAACAGCCGCCGCGAUCAAGCUGUCAGGACGGAGCGACACCAGAGUGUACGGGGUAGAACCAGAGGGGGCGCCCUCUAUGUAUGAGAGCAGAAAGGCAGGGAAACCUGUAGGAGUCCAGGUGAAGACCAUAGCAGCAGGACUGGCUCCUCCAUAUGCAGGUUCAAAUGCUUACAGACACAACAUGGCGUUUGUAGAGGAUGUCCUUCUGGUCAGCGAUGACGAGAUCCUAGCAGCGGUGAAGCUGUUGUUUUCCCGCGGACUUGUGGUUGAGCCGUCGGGCGCGGCGGCCUUUGCCGCGUUGAUGUCUGGGAAGAUACCGGACGUCAAAGGGAAGAAGGUCGUUGUUGUAAUAACUGGUGGGAAUGUCACAACCCAAGAACUGUCGAAGAUUUGUGGAUAACAUUUAGUAGGGAAUUAGUUAAGCAUUGAUAGCCAUAGCAAAUAUGUAACGACUUCAGGAAGAAUAGUGGUACAAUAUAUCACUAAUGGAGAUUCAAAUGAAUCAAAUUAAAAAAGGAAAGGAGAUCUACAAUUUGUAAUAAACAAAUCUCAGGGAUAGUGAUGAAACUGGUGCCUUUGAUAUUCAUAUUUGAUGAGCUAAAUUUGGAAAGCAGUGAAUUUCAUUAUGGUCUUUUACUGUUUCUCUGGCAAAAAAUGAGCUUCCUGUAAGAAAGCAGUUGGAAGUUGAAAAAGAAUUGUGAUGUUGCUUUUAAAUUGUCUUUAUUGGUAAAUAAUAUUAGAUGCCUUUUCAUGCCUUACAUGUGGAAUAGAAAAUGUGUCUUCUAAUAUGUGUGAUCCAGAAUCUGUGAAAACUCUUGAAUAUCAUCAUAAUUAUCUUUUAAUGUAGAACUUGAAUGAAGACCAGAUAACCCACACAAUAUUUUAGAGGCCAUACAAUUUCCUGCAUUCUGAGUUCAAUGCCAUGUUCUUCUUAAUGUUUUCCCCUGAUAUUAAUCCACUUAAAAUUAGGGCAGAAAUCUGCUAUAAGUAUCAUCUUUGUUAUUAGUUAUCUAUAACUAAUCUUUACAAUGCUCUUCCUAUGUAUGGGCUAUGUACUACAUUACACAGGAAGAAAAGUCCAUAUGAAAACAACUGUUCUUGCAUAAUGAUGGUCUAUGUAGAACUACACAAAUUCAGUCAGAACCUGCCCCUGUCCUUGGUGCUGAUUUUGCAAUCAUUAUUGUUCGUGUACCUGAGUUUAAUGCUUGGUGCUAGUUGAACUCAUCAUAUUAAACUGUUAUCAGUUCUGCAUACUGCGUCUUCAUGCAUUCAUCACUAACUCUCUCUGCUGUGAUUUUUUUACAUGGAAUAAAAAAAU